GAUGGGGUUGGGCGCUGUGUAGUCUUGCCCUAAUUGUCGCACAGCUACUUCCCGAGUAAGUUAAAGUCGUGCCCUCACUUGCUAUAAGAGGUGCGAAUGUAAAAAAAAAAAAUGUAUUUAUGAGUCAUUCGUGCUUCAGACGUGGGGAGGCGACGGGGAGACUUCACGAAAGAACAGAUGCCAGGAUUUGGUACAAGCACCUCGGACGUUAGCGAUGCUACACCGUAGGGAAAAGCGUUGGUGGAGAGGGGCAGGCAGGAGGCGCAUGCGCAUUUAAGAAUCCGAGGCGGCGAGGGUUUUGAUGUUGCCUCGUGCUCUUUCCCGCGUUUUCCAGCGGGCGCCGUUCUCGCUGCAUGGGUAAUUAACAGAGGCAUCUAUGACAGCCAUGCUGAGGACCAGCACUACAGAAAGAAUGAGCCGGCGAAGCAGUACCAGCAUCAGGGAUGAGGACGGGAAGAUGAGUAGCUCUGAGGAAGUAUCCUGGAUUUCCUGGUUUUGUGGCUUGCGUGGCAACGAAUUCUUCUGUGAGGUGGAUGAAGAUUACAUUCAAGACAAAUUCAAUCUAACUGGUCUCAAUGAGCAAGUUCCUCAUUAUCGCCAGGCCUUGGAUAUGAUACUGGAUUUGGAACCAGAUGAGGAGCUCGAGGACAAUCCUAACCAGAGUGACUUGAUUGAACAGGCAGCUGAGAUGCUGUAUGGGCUCAUUCAUGCCCGCUAUAUCCUCACAAACCGCGGCAUUGCCCAGAUGCUUGAGAAAUACCAGCAAGGAGACUUUGGCUACUGUCCUCGAGUUUAUUGUGAGAACCAGCCCAUGUUGCCUAUUGGCUUGUCUGAUAUUCCUGGGGAGGCCAUGGUCAAACUGUACUGCCCAAAGUGCAUGGAUGUCUACACCCCGAAAUCUUCCCGCCACCAUCAUACGGAUGGGGCCUAUUUUGGGACUGGCUUCCCCCAUAUGCUGUUCAUGGUGCACCCCGAGUACCGGCCGAAACGGCCAGCCAACCAGUUUGUGCCCAGGCUUUAUGGCUUCAAGAUCCAUCCCAUGGCUUACCAGUUGCAACUUCAGGCUGCCAGUAAUUUCAAGAGCCCAGUCAAAACUAUCCGUUGAUCUUCUCUGUCCAGGUGCCCAGGGCCUUUCCCUGUCAACUCCCUUUAUCCCCAGUCAGGGCUGCUCAUACUUUAAUUUUGGUGAUGUCCGCUGAGGACUGUUCUUUCAGUCACCUUCCAGCCUGAUUUUUAGUCUUACUCUGGUGUGUGGUUUAAAUUAAUAAUAAUCAAUUUCUGUUAAUUCCCAGAAAUACAGACUGUGACAGACAGAUUCAGUAACCACCUUGAAUGUCAUGAUUUUGUGGGGCGUUUUUGUUUUCUUUUUAAAAAAUAAAAUGAAAUUAAAAAGCAA